CACCUCUCCACCUCUAUCGUCUUCGAGAAACCACAAAAUCUCUCUCUCUUCUCUCUUCUCUCUCUCUCUUCACAGCAAUGGCGUCUCUACAGAAAACUCUAUUCUCUCUCCAAUCAAAACUCCCACCAUCCUCCUUCCAAAUCGCCAGAUCUCUCCCCAUGAGAAAAACCAUCCCGAUCCGAACCAACGGCGGAUCCUCCGCCGCCGGAGCGAGAAUGUCAGCCUCCGCAGCGUCAAGCUACGCGAUGGCGUUAGCCGACGUCGCGAAAAGAAACGACUCAAUGGAAUCAACAGUCACAGACAUCGAGAAACUCGAACAAGUCUUCUCAGAUCCACAGGUACUUAACUUCUUCGCGAAUCCAACGAUCACCGUCGAGAAGAAACGCCAAGUCAUCGACGACAUCGUGAAAUCGUCGUCUCUCCAAUCUCACACAUCCAACUUCCUCAACGUCCUCGUCGACGCGAACCGGAUCAACAUCGUGACGGAGAUCGUCAAGGAGUUCGAGCUCGUGUACAACAAGUUAACGGAUACGCAGCUCGCGGAGGUUAGGUCGGUGGUGAAGCUUGAGCCGCCGCAGUUAGCUCAGAUCGCGAAACAGGUUCAGAAGUUAACCGGAGCUAAGAAUGUGAGGGUUAAGACGGUUAUUGAUGCGAGUCUUGUAGCCGGUUUUACAAUCCGGUAUGGUGAUUCCGGUUCAAAGCUUAUUGAUAUGAGUGUUAAGAAGCAGCUUGAAGAUAUUGCUCAACAGCUUGAACUUGGUGAGAUUCAAUUAGCUACUUGAAAUUAAAAAAAAAAAAAUUGUAUAAGAGAACAAAUUGUGCAAUUUUAAUUUUUUUUUUUGUCUCCU